AUGGCAGAGAUGUUGCACUCAGUGGUUCACAGGCCCCCAGGUGGGCUGCAGACUGUCACAAAACGUGUGGAAUCUCUCGUGGGUACAGAUUGGAUUCAUCACAAAGUUACAAAAUCAAGAAUUCCAGAUAAAGUGUUUCAGCCUUCACCUGAAGAUCAUGAGAAGUAUGGUGGGGAUCCACCGCGCCCUCACAAGCUGCAUGUUGUUGCCAGAAUAAAAAGUACAAUAAGACGACCAUGUUGGGAAAAAGAUGUAAUCCAAAUGCUUGGGUUAGAAAAAGCACACACUCCUCGAGUUCAUAAGAACAUCCUUCAGUAA